AUGGUGACUUCAAUAACUAGAAAACUUUUGAGAGAUUGGAAGUUUCUCAUGCGUCAUAAUAAUGAUAUGAUGCAAGAUAAUAAAACCUUUUUCUAUCUUUCGCCACAGGAUUCAAAUUUGCAUAUUUGGCAUGUGGUAUUGAUUGACCCAACUACAAAAUCUGAAGUUUACAUACUGCUCUAUUUCACUGAUCCUUCGAAUGAAAAUGUUAUGCAAAAUAGUCCAGGUGAUAAUAUAUCUUCAAGUCAUAAUAUCGUCAUCCUAAUGAGAUGUUUAACUCCAAGCAGUGUUUUUCCCAUAAAUAAAAACAUCUCUUUGAAUCAUCUGAGUUCAUAUCUUCUUUCUAAGGGUUUCAGACCUUUUUUAAUGGAACUUUGGCACAUCUUUUUCGACAAUAGCCAUAAUAUUAGCAUAGAAAAUGCAAGGUUAUUGCAUGCUUGGAAUCGAAUCAUGUAUAAGGACUUUAAAUUGCAUUUCCCAUUUCUAAUGGGCAACUUACGACAAGGAGAUUAUCAAAUGGUUAAAAAUUUGUCGAAGAAUCUGUCAAAUAAUGUGGAUCUAAAUAUCUUUCUCCAUCAAAAUGCUAAUUCUAUAGUCACUCCAUGUGAAAAUAACAUUCAACAUCAUUCUACAAACAUUCAUGCUGAGACAAAUUCUCAUCCCUCUACGAAAAGACAACGAUUAGAUUUAUUUAAGUUCAUUUCUAAUAAGCAUGAUCCCAAUGACAAUACUAGUUUACCAAGAAAACUGAGAUAA